AAUGGAUGCAAGUUUGUGAUCAAAAACCAGUACAUAAGUAUAAUUACCUAAAAGGUUUUUUUUUGUGAUUCUUUUUAAAGUACUGUGCUUGGGGAGAACCAAAGACUGCAGUACACUUUUGUGCCGGAGUCAUGCCAAGCACAGUAUCUAUUUGGUUUCUUUGUGAGAAUUUGGUCUGCAGCAUGCAUUAAAACUCCUGUAAGUAAAAUUUCAAUGCCUCAAGUAAUUCUCUACCAAUUUUGAUUUUUAUGUUACCUUUAAACUAAGCAUUUAUUUGCUUGCCAUUUUCCAAAAUGGCUGUGAAAUGUAUAUUAUUGUUGGAAACGUUCCACCACAUCAAAACUUUCCUUUCAUACUUUGCUUUUAUGCCCUGCACCCUACAAUAAUUUUAAGUGAUUGCUGUAAAGGAUAACUUGUGGGUACUGCUCAACUGGGAUCCAAAGUGUCACUAAUUGUGCUUAGGGCUGCCAUGUCAGUAAGAAAUAACUUGAGCCGAGGUAUUUUUGAAACUCGUUGUAGCUUAUAAAAUCUCCUUGGUGCUACCUCAACCUGUGAACCCAUUACGAUUAGGGCAAGAGCAUAAAUGUUACAUACUCCAAAACUAAUUAUUUUUGUAGAUUGACUUAAUUUUUAAGAUAACUAGUGGCAGCCCUCACCUUUCGUCUUUUAAAGCAGGCGUCUUCUGUAUCCUGCUGUCGGUGAGAUUAGGAGCUGGACUCAUAAGUGCACUGGUGUAGAAUGCACAUGGACUGAUUUUUCCCCCCCUUAUAUAGAGGUGUGGUUAGGCUUUCUGUUAAUUCAAAAUAGCUUUAUCAGAAAUUGUGCUUUAAUUUCAUAUCUUGUAAUGUAAUGGCUUCACCAAUUUUGAACAUGUAGGGCUUUCCUUUUGCAGUAUUUUGAUAUUGAUGCUACAUAGGAAUAUAAAGAGAUGUGACUUAAGAUCUAGAGCAUUGGGAACUCUUUUGUCAACUGCACCAUAACUUUUGUGCUGUUCGCCCCAUUGAGGUGCACGGCCUCUAUAACAGUACCUCUUUUGGAUGUGAAGGGGUGAUGAUGUCUCAGGUGUCUAUGCCCUUUGUAAAUAAAGUUUCUGCUACACACAACUCAUCUCAUUUUAAUCAUUUUUCAUUUACCACAUCUUUUUGUGAUGUUGCCAUAGUAACUGGGUGGACAAAUUGUAAACUGGCGUGCAGUUUGAUUCGCGUUCUGGACCCAUUCUUAAUACUACUGUAAUCAAAGAAACCAUUGCAAUCUUCUGUGGGGAAUGCAUCUCACCUUAGAGAAAAAUCAGUCAUGCAGAGAGCUGUUGCAUCAUUUUUGUCUCACGGUAAGCACACCAAGCUCAGAGUCCCGUCUUCCAGUGCCCCUGCCAGACAUGUGGAUUAAAUUGGAUCGUGUGCAGUGCAGGCUCAGUUGGUGCUGUUCGCAGCAGUGGCGGUUGCGCUGGACCAGGAUGUGCGGAAAGCGCCGCGCCACUGCGAGCCCCGUUCAGCCUUUUUGUCGGACCGCCUCCCAGGCUCUCCGGUCAUCGUCGCCGCGGCGCCCAACGCCACAAUCGUGCUCUUGUGUUCCUUCUGGUGAGCUGGCGAGCUGAUGGUUUUACCAUCCGAGAUGCGAAGGAUGACGGACGAGAGUGUGGCGUGGAUGAUGCAGCGGCGAGGAGGAUGCGGCGGCGGACGACGCGAUCGGCGCCGUGUGGCGCGUUGACGACCUGGUGAACGGUACCGGCCCGCGGCCUGUCCAGGUAGGGGCGCCACCACUUCGCGCAGCUUGCUGUGCCCAACGCCCCCGUAACCUGCUUCUGACGUUACCGCGGCUAGCUGGAGCAGAAGCGAGGCGGCCCGUUAGCGCGGCUGGCUCACCACGACGGACGUCGAGUGUUUCUGGGCGACCGUCAUGAACUCGUGUUGCGGGGCGUCUCGGAGGAGGGUGUCGGCCUGUACUCCUGCAGCCACCUGCAGGGCGUGGACCGCGGGAGACCCUUCCAGUACCUCGUUGACCGUGAGUAGCUGGUGUCCUGUCCUGCCUGACAGGCUGCCUCUCAAAGCUUGACGGGGUGCUCUGGAGGUCACGAAAUCGUGGGAUUAUGACAGUGGACCGCGGGGGCGUGCCGGCCGUGCGCGGCUCGCAGGCGGAAUAUCGGGCGUACAGGCGGACCACGCUGGAGCCCCUCAGCGCCUCCCUGAGGACCGCCGGCGUGCCCCUGGAGGCGGCGGUCGCCUGGGGGCCGUGGGGGCCGUGCGUGAACUGCUCGCGGGGCGGUGGGGGCGGCGACGGCUCCGGGAGUCGGGAGCGGCUCGCGGAGUGCCGCCUGCGCGUGCCGCCGGUACCGCCCCGGGGCCCCUCCGUGGACUUGGGGGCCGCUCUGCGCGUCAUCAUCGGGGACCCCCUGAGCGCCCUGCCCUGCCGCUCCGCGCUCCUGGCCGCGACCCUCGCGAGUAAGUAUCCCAGUGGCUGGAGAGCAACCGGAUCGACGUGGAUUCAAGAUAUCUCUGCCCUGUCCAAGGACGCCGCCGACUUUAUCGAGGUGGACACGGUUAGCUGUGAUGGGCACUGCCCGCCGCCGCCGCGGAGGCGCCUGCCCUGGCGACCAGCGCCCCCCCGCCCCGUGCCGCGCUUCGACUACGAGCUGCAGGAGGGAGACGACCUCAUCGUCCUGUGCCCCGGGUAUGCGACCCACCAACGAACCCGGCUGUGACCGCCGUGGCCGCGCACUGACCAGGGCCACGGCCGCCACGGCCUGCAGCGCCACCAUGGAGUCGGACGUGCACUGGGACCGGGACGGCAUGGAGCUCGAGGACCCCGCGGGGCACGAGACGGCGCGCCUCGUCGCCACCACCACCAAGAAGCCGGGGUUCCUGCAGCGCUGGCGACAGCGACGGAAAAAGCUGAAGGCCCUCGUGAGGCGCCGCGGCCGCCGGCUCGAGCCCUCGGCGCGCGUGGACUGGACGGGGGCGCUGCGGCUGGAAGCCGUCAGUGUCGACGAGAGCGGGCUGUACUCUUGCAGCCUGGUGGACGGCAUCACGGCGCUCGCGGCGGACAUCCGCGUGGUCCGCAGGAAAUCCUUUACGAUUUCAGACGUUUCUCGGCAUGCAUCAUACCUACUCGGUGUCAUCUUGCUGUGCCUGAUGGUUUACUUAACGGUGAUCGCCAUCGCCUGCCGGCUGUACCCCCGGCGCCAACAAGGUUACCGCCCGCUUCAACUCUCCGCGGACGACGCUGAUCGUGCUUCUGACCACGACGAUACAGCUGAGCGCGAGCGGCCGGUGCGGCUCUCUGCGCGUCGCGGCGACGGGCUGGCCACCACCACCCUCGUUCAGCGACGCCCGAUCAGCGCGCCUUCGCUGGCGGCGAGCAUCUGCUUCACGGACGAGCUUCGCACCUCGAGCACAUCCAGCAGCCCGACGGACGGGGCCCGGGGCACCCCGGCGGCGUUGGGCUUUGUCGCGGGCAGCAGCUCGGAGCAGGAUGGCGGCUCUCUGCGCCUGCGGUCCCUGCUCAGGCCAAGACCCGGGGCCGUGGAGUCGAUCAGCAGCGCGCUGACCACGUCGUCCAACACAACCGCCACUGGUGACGAGCGGCUUUACGGGCACCCGCUGCUCGCCGCCAGUGUGUGCCUCGUGGAGGACAAGGCCAUCUCUUCGGGGGAGCAGGAGCAGGGGGACAAGGCCGGGGAGCCCUCCCUUUCGCAGGCGGACUAGACUAGACU